AAUUCAAUGGUAGUGGGUUUAGGGUAAAGCCUGAGGCCAGCCCGACUCCACUCUAACCUAAAACCCUACAGAAGUCUCUCCCAAGUUCGUCAAUAGCUUUUGCUCUGGUUCAGCAGCUAUGGGGCGAAGAUUGGAAGAAACUGUCCUGCAUAGCGAACCAGUUGCCCUACAAAUCCCAACCAACCGCGAAAUCGAAGCUGAGAAGAAGAAGAAAAAGAAGCAUAAACAGUCCAAAAUCGCUUCUGAUGAAGUGGUAGAAAUUGGGAGGAAGAAGAAGAACGAAGACUACAUAAUCGAAGAAGAAACAGAGGCUAACCGAAAGAGAAAGCUCGAAGAAACUCCAACUGUAACAGAGGCGAAGAAGAAGAAGGAAAAGAAGGAGAAGAAGGAGAAGAAGGAGAAGAAGGAGAAAGAGGGAGAAGAAGAAGGCUUGAAGGAUGAAGAUGAUAAGGAGAGCAGAGGGGCGUGCGUGGCGGUGACUGGAAAGGACGCCAAGGAAUCGAAGUAUGCGGCUUUCAAAUCAUUUGACGAGUCGAAGCUGCCGGAUGAUGUGCUCGAGUGUUGCCGCAAUUUCAGCAAGCCCUCGCCGAUUCAGUCCCAUGCCUGGCCGUUCUUGUUGGACCGCCGGGAUUUUAUCGGGAUUGCUGCUACUGGGUCUGGUAAGACAUUGGCAUUUGGAGUUCCAGCAAUGAUGCAUGUUUUGAGUAAGCGGAAGAGUAAAACGUCCAAGGGAGUGAAUCCCCUUUGCCUUGUCUUGUCACCGACGAGGGAGCUAGCUCAGCAAAUUUCAGAUGUUCUGUGCGAGGCUGGAAAACAUUGUGGUGUGAAGUCAGUUUGCUUGUAUGGAGGAACUUCUAAAGGACCUCAAAUAAGUUCCCUGAAGUCUGGUGUUGACAUUGUCAUAGGAACUCCUGGACGUUUGAAGGAUCUAAUUGAAAUGGGUGUGUGUUGCCUUACAGAGGUAUCUUUUGUGGUGUUAGAUGAAGCAGAUCGUAUGCUGGACAUGGGAUUUGAACCAGAAGUUCGCUCUAUAUUAAGCCAGACAUGUCCUGCUCGCCAAAUGGUAAUGUUUAGUGCAACAUGGCCUCUACCUGUUCAUCAAUUAGCACAAGAAUUUAUGGAUCCCAACCCAGUUAAGGUUGUAAUAGGCUCAGAGGAUUUAGCUGCCAACCAUGAUGUUAUGCAAAUUGUGGAGGUCUUGGAUGAUCGAUCACGUGAUGAACGUUUGCUCACUUUGUUAGGGAAAUACCACAAGUCCCAAAGGAACAGAGUGUUAGUUUUUGUUUUGUACAAGAAAGAAGCUGCUCGUGUUGAAAAUAUGCUACAAAGAAGGGGUUGGAAUGUUGUUUCUAUACAUGGUGAUAAAGCACAAGCAGCACGUACAGCGGCAUUAUCAUUAUUCAAGGAGGGAAGCUGUCCUUUGAUGAUAGCUACAGAUGUGGCUGCACGAGGAUUGGAUAUUCCAGAUGUGGAAGUAGUGAUCAACUACAGUUUUCCUCUCACUACAGAGGAUUAUGUUCACAGAAUCGGAAGAACUGGACGAGCUGGUAAGAAGGGUGUUGCACACACAUUCUUCAUGCAGGAAAACAAGGGACUUGCUGGGGAGUUGGUGAAUGUUCUCAAAGAAGCAGGGCAGAUUGUCCCUGCUGACCUUUUAAAAUUUGGCACACAUGUAAAGAAAAAGGAGUCCAAGCUAUAUGGGGCUCACUUCAGAGAAAUUGCUGCUGAUGCUCCAAAGUCCAAAAAGAUCACUUUUGACGACUCUGAUGAAGAUUGAAUGCUGUUGUCACAAGACAAUUCUUUUCAAGACUAUCGUUUUUAAGUAUUGAGCUCAUCAAAGGGAUAGGAAAAGAAAAGAAACAAAAAAUGGAAAAAGGUGCCAUAUGAUUUUGGUUAUUGAUUUAUUGACUAUUUUUUCCCCCAAGGUGUAUUCUUUUAAGGGAGAAAGUGGGUACUUGUGUGUUUUACCUAAUUAUCAGAAUACUAGCGAGGAAAUUCUUCAAAAUAUUAUAGAGCUUGUCUUAUGGUUUUGGAAGUGAAUAGAAGAAACCUUGUGAACCA